CUCUGUCUCUCUGAAAAUCUAAUUUCACACUCACUCGCACACUCUUUUCUUUCUUUCUUUCUUUCUUUUUUUCGAUUCCAAACUCAAUUGCUUGCUUAGCUUCCUCCAAUGGCGGCACCUGCAUCUGCCAAUAGAGACAGAGACAGAGACAGAGAAAGACAAGUCUCAGUCUCCGCCAUGAUCAAGCACGGCUUCAUCCCCGACUCUCCGUCAACACUCUCACCUUCCAGAACCUUCUCAUCUUCUCCUCCGCCGCCAGCGCCGCCUCCGCACACACAAACGCUCUUCGAAAUGAUGUCAGGUACCAAGCACUCCGACGAGACUCGCCGCAGAAUUCAAGACAGAAUCUCGAAGCUGCUCCAACACGCUCCCUUUCACGCUAACCCUGGUGACGUCAGGGUGACGGUGGUGGGGAAGGACGGGUUCAGAGUCACCAUGGAUGUGGACAAGAGUGUGCUCUCUCAGAAGAGCAGGUUCUUCGCCGACAAGCUUCGCGGCGGUUCAUCGCAAUCGCAGUCGCACACGGUGGAGAUCAGCGAGUGCGAGAGUGAUGACGUGGAGGCUUACGUGGAGGUUGUGGUGUUCAUGUACUGCGAAGACAAUGUGAUGAAGAAGCUCAUUGGUCAAUCUGUUUCAAAAAUCUUGACCUUGCUCAAGGUUUCAGCGGCUAUCAUGUUUGAUAUUGGGGUUGCGGCUUGUUUAGACUAUUUGGAAGCAAUUCCAUGGACAGAAGACGAACAAGAUGAAAUCAUGUCUCAGCUUGGUUAUCUUCAGCUUCAUCGCUCUGCAUCUCAACUGCUUCUUAGACUAUCGUCUGAUCCAUCUACUGCGCCAAGAAUGAGUGCCGACGACAUCUUUGCAAGCCUUCUGACUGGUGUUUUACAAGCAAAAGAUGACAAAGCUCGUAGGGAAAUGAAGGCUCUGCUAUCAAAAUUGCUUCAAGAGGAUCCGUCUUGCUCUCAUGAUAGAACCAAACUCGAUGUUUCUAAAGACACGCUUUAUCAUCUUUGCCACAAUUGCAUCAAUUCUCUUGUCUUGUGCCUCUCUGACGCCAGCAGCACUGCCGAGAGGCUGGAUCGAGGGGCUUUAAUUACCGAAAUAGCUCGGGAGGCUGACAAUAUUCAGUGGAUUGUUGACAUCUUGAUUGCCAAGAAGAUAGGCGAGGAAUUCGUGAAGAUAUGGGCUGACCAGAAAGAACUCGCUGCACUUCAUUCUAGAGUUCCGACUGUCUACCGGCACGAGAUCAGCAGGAUCACUGCACAACUGUGUAUCGGCAUUGGAAGGGGGCACAUAUUGGUGCCCAAGGAAACUCGAUUUUCAUUGUUAUCAACAUGGCUAGAAGCUCUGUAUGAUGACUUUGGAUGGAUGCGUCGAGCUUCUAGAGCGGUCGAUAAGAAAUUGGUUGAGGAUGGACUGUGCCAAACAAUACUUACACUCCCUUUGCUUCAACAGCAAGCUCUGUUGCUCAAAUGGUUUGACAGGUUUCUUAACAAAGGAGAUGAUUGUCCAAAUAUUCAGAAGGCGUUUGAGAUUUGGUGGAGAAGAGCUUUCAUCAGAAAAUAUUCAGCAGAUACUGAUCAUUCCAAGUUGCAAAUAACUCUCUCUGAUUACCAGAGCUGAAAGUUAUAUGAAAAACCUUAAAUGAAAGAACAAAACAAACGGGAAAAUGAACUUCAUUCAUAUUUGCAAGUGUGAAGUGAUAUUUUCCAUUUCCACUUCUAGUUUCUGCUGCUAUGAUUUAUGACCUGAGCUGAAGUUCUGGGUAAACAGGGACAAAUAAUUGAAGGGGAAAUGAACUGAAAAUUUGUUCAUAAAAUAUGUAAAGCCAAUUUCUCUUUGUAAAGAUUUGAUUUGAAUUCUGUUAAGUUUGGCAAAGUAUAGAGGGAUGACAUUGAUGUA